AUGUCAACUCCCAAAGUCAAUUCUCUCGAUUCUUUAGAUAAAGUUUAUAUUCUUGAUAUUAAUAAUAAUUUAAUUGAUAUCUCCUUUUUAAAAUCAUCAAACAACCCAAUAAGCUCUAAACCUAUUAUACUAAAAUCAAUUCUUCGACCAGUUCCAUUAUCAAUUUUUAAAAACAUUAAAAAUCUAAAUAUAAAUCAUCUUAAUUAUUUGAAAAAGUUUUUCAAUGAUGUCAGUUUAAAAUAUUUUCCAUUAGCUGUAUCAAAAAAGUAUUUAGAUCCUGUUUUAUAUCUUGAAGGGAAAUUAGAUGAGUUUAAUAGACUUCCAGAACUGAAAAAACGGAAACUUGAUAAUUUAAUAGAGAACAAAAAAGAUAAUAAUAAUGAUAAUAAUAAUAAUAAUAAUGAUAAUAAUGAUAAUAAUGAUAAUAAUGAUAAUAAUCUGGUAAAUGGCCUGGAAAAUGAUUCUGAGAAUGAUUGUACAGUAUGGGAACAAAAUCCUAUUAGAGAUUUAUUAUUAAUUCAAGCUAAGAAUUGUCCAUUUUUACUAAGUUCAUUAUUAGCUAUAACGGCAAGAUUGGAAUUUUUGAGAACAAAUGAUAUUAAAGAUGAUUUAUAUCGAAAAAAUUAUUUAUCUACAUGUCUUAAAACAUUGAAUGAUAAUUUCAAGUCAGAUAUAUCAUUAAAUUCAUCAAAAAGAUCAUCAGUAUCAAUUGAAUCGAAACAAAAGGGAGAAAAAAAUGGAGAAAAAGAUAAGGAAAAAGAUAAGGAAAAAGAUAAGGAAAAAGAUAAGGAAAAAGAUAUAAAUGAAAAAGAUAUAAAUGAAAAAGAAAAUAAUAAAGAAAUACAGAAAGAUGAUAUUAAAAAUGAUGAUGAAAAUGUAACAGAAAAAGAUGCGGUAAAAAAGGAAAAGAAAGAAGAUAAUAAAAGUAAAGAGUAUAAAGUGAAAUUAAAAGAUAAUGAUACUGAAGACCGAGAACAAGAUAAGGCAAAUAAGACAUUGAAUUCUAUAACGUCUAAAGGAAUGAUUGAUAUUAAAUCCAAGACUAAAAUAGUGAAGAAUAUUGAUGCAUUGAUUAUUACAGCGUUAAUGUUGACCAUUGAUUCGACUAUAGUUCAAUACAAUGGAGCAUGGAGAAAUUAUCUUCAUAAUGCUAAAGUUUUAUUAAUAAAUUAUUUGAAAUAUUACAGUAAUAAAAGCAAUAAUAAAACGAGUGGUAGCAAUACUGCUACUGCUACUAAUAAUAUUAAUAAUAAUAUUAAUGAUAAUAAUAGAAUUCGAAAUAAUAGGAUUUUAUCACCAAUGUUAACGUUUGCUAAAUUGAUUUUCACAUCUGUUGAAUUAUUGGCUUCGUUAAGUAAUGAACUAUCGGAUGAUUUAUAUGAAGGAAACGAGAAUAGUUUGAAUUCAUUAACGAGUAUUGAGCUUAUAUUGAAUAAUGAUGAUAAGUUUAAGGGUGCAGAUAAUGGAAAAGAAAUGGAACUGGAGUAUGGAGUUGAAGAGGAAAAAGUUUAUAGUGAAGAAGAGUUAUUGUAUUUAAAAAAAAUGGGGUUAGUUUCACUUGAUGGGUAUAAUAUUUUUCUUGGACAUUCUAAUGAUGUGUUGUUGUUGUUUAAGGAGAUAAUCAAGAUAAUUAAAAAGGGAAAGAAUUAUAGGAAACAGAAAAAUGAAGGAGAGUAUUAUAAUCGGAAUGAGAUGAUUUUUUAUUUGAUGAGGUUAUUGGAGAAGGCGAAGAAUUAUAAGUUUGCAUCCAAGGAAAUAAUCAUCGAUGAGGAGAAUGAGUUUCAUCCAUUCUAUCAGGGAGAUUGCAGUGAUAUUGAUAAAGCGAACCAUAUUAAAGUGAGGCUUCCCAGUUCGUGUUAUGGAUUUGGAUUGAGGAAAAAUGGAAAAACAGGUAAAGAGGAAAAGUUUCUUUACUCAUGGUAUGAUUUGUCGCAGAGGUUUCAUGUGAAUGCGUCUAUAAUAAAAGUCUAUAAAUUGAGGGACUUUUUCAAUGUUAGCAUAAGCAAUGGGUUGAUUCAGGAAGUUGUUGAGAGUUCUAUGGAGAACUAUUAUUUUCUUGAGCUUGAUUUUAUAAAAGGAUAUAGCAAUGGCGAUGCUAAUGGUGAUUGUAGUGGUGGUGGCGGCGAUGGUGGUGAAGGUGAUGGAGAUAAAUUUGAGAUUCUGAUUGAACAUAAGGUUAGGAUAUUCAAGAAAUUGGAUAAUAACUAUAGAUUGACUAUGCUUCAUUGGCCGUCUAUUAUCAUUGGGAUAAACUGUAUUCGAGGGAGACAUCAAAGGAUAAUCGAGUUCUUUUUUGAGUGUUUGAUUCAUUUGGGGGUUGGGAGUGCUGAAUCAUCGUUGAAGAAACUUAAAAGAGUCUGGAAGAUUAAUAAAGAGAUAUUAGAGAAGGAAAAGAACGAGGAUAAGGUUGGGAUUGAUUGUGUUAAUGAGGAAUUUGAUUUUAUACCAUUUUUUUAA